ACCCUAGAUGUAAGUUCUGUAAUUUGACUAUUGAACCAGUCCGGGUAGACCCAUCAAGCUCCUUAUAAAAGAGCUUUGCCCCAUGUCUCUCUUCGUAUCGACUUUGUGAUGGGAAGUUUUCGAUGGGGCAGAUGAAUGUUUUCCUGAUUGCAUGUAUUUCAAUCCUCUGCUUCUCCAUCCAUGGAGAUGCCCAGAAACAGAGGAUUGGCGUUAACAAUGGGAUGUCAGGAACAAAUUUGCCUUCGCAAGAGGAAGUGGUGGCGUUAUUGAAAGCGAACAACAUUGGGAAAUAUAGGAUCUUCAAGCAAGAGCCGAGUGUUUUCAAGGCAUUUGCGAAUUCUGGGAUCGAAUUAACCGUGGGAGUCGCUACAGACGACUUGCAGAGGAUCUCCUCCAACCAGAAUGAAGCAAAUAAAUGGGUGAAUGAGAAUAUCAAGGCCCAUUAUCCUGCUACCAAUAUCAAAUACAUUGCAGUGGGUAAUGAGGUCUUGGGAAAGACUGAUAAGGGCCAGUUUUUGGUUGGCGCGAUGAACAACAUCCAAACCGCGCUUCAGAAUGCCAAUCUGCAGGGCAAAAUAAAGGUGUCCACGACCCACGCCCUCACCGACAUAAUCGGGCCAUUCGCCCCUCUCAAUCCUUCCAAAGGAAGUUUCACUGCUAAAGUGCAGAGCGAGAUGAGGUCUGUUCUACAAUUCCUGGCGAAGAAUGGGUCUCCGUUCAUGGCGAAUGUGUACACGUAUUUCACGUACGACAGCAACAGAGACUCUUACAACAUAGAUAACGCUCUGUUUAAACCCUCAGCUCCUGCUAACAAAAACGGAGAUCCCACCUACACAAGUUUGUUCAUUGCCAUGGUUGACACCGUGUAUUCUGCGAUGGAAGGCAUGAGUUAUCCCAAUAUUCCCAUUGUGGUUACCGAAAGCGGGUGGCCCUCUCAUGGCACAGGGGUAAAGGCCUCCAUUGCUACCAUUGAGAAUGCCCGGAGUUACAACAGUAAUCUGAUCAAGCAUGUGCUGUCCAACAAAGGAACGCCAAAGAGGCCCGGAAAGAGCAUGGAAACAUUCAUCUUUGCUCUUUUCAACGAGGACCUAAAGGGAGGGGAUGAGACGGAGAAACACUAUGGUCUCUUCUACGCUAACAAAUCCCCUGUUUAUCCUGUUAACUUUACCCCCUAACCUACUUGCCCUGCUUAACUAUGCAGCUAUAGCCGCCAGGUACCCAAGUGAUAAGAAUAAAAGCGAGCCCCAAAUAAAAUUGUGGGUGUUGGGUUGUCGCUCGCCCGUACUAAUUGGAUGUUAGUGAUAAAUAAUAUAUGUUUGUUAAUUUUAUUAUAAAUUGCGGAGAAUUGAGAUGAUCCAGACAAUCAAAAAAUCAA